AUGGCUGACGACGAACGUACGUUCCAUAUACAUGACACAGCAGUGGCCCAUCCGCUGCGCUGGGCCCUCAUCUUAUCGUACCUGCCGGCGUUCGCUCUUCUCAUUGCCCACGGCGCCCUUUCCAACCGCGUCGUGCCCGCCAUUGGCCUGCUCCCAUUGAGCUUCUCUGUCGCAUCCGCCGUCUUCACAUACCGGAUCCGCUCGAGCAAGCAGCAAGAUGAGGAGGCCGACCACGACGAGGAUGCCGCCACCACUCCCAGGGAACGAUUCCGCAUCGCCAUCACGCACCCCCUCACCAUCUUCGCCCUGGACAUCCUCCUCGCCGCUUCCCUCAUGAUCGUCCUCGUCUUCACAUGGACCUCGCACACGCGGAGCGCGUCGCUGAGCAUGCUCGCAGCCUACGCAACGAUACCCCUACUCAUUGGCUUCUUCACCCACCUCUACCUCGCCUCCGUAGCGCUCUACGAGGGCUUCGCCAUCCACGGCCUCGUCCAAUGGACCGCCUGGCGCGCCGUGCCGCCCGACUGCCCCAACUGCAACGUGCGCCUCCGCCCUGACCUCCCCGCGCUACCCUGGCUGAAGUACUUCCAGCGGCGUCGGUCUCCCGAUUAUGCCCCCGUGCUCGCCAACGACGAGGAGCCCUACCGCGACGAGGUCGAGAGCGCCGACGGCGUCGCCCAGCCCGAGGCGGUCGACGUCCGGAAGAAAGACAAGAAGGGCAAGGCUGCGACCCCCGAGCCGUCGGGCGAGUCGACGCCCUGGGACGCUUGA